AUGUCCUUCUCGUCCUCCUUUUCAUUUACCAUACCUUUCAAUCAUCCAGAAUCUCCCCCAUUGAUCCAAACGAUUCUAUUCUCUCUCUUACAAUCAUCCUCACCAACGAUCAACAACAACAACAACUCAACAACCUCCAAUGAAACCAUUUGUGAUCCCAUUCUCUUAAACAAUGGAACAGAAAAAGUCGAAUAUGGUUUGUGUCCAGAACAAGUCUCUUCUCAAGCAGUGACUGGAAUCUUUUUUGGAACUUAUGUGAUGGCCAUGACUGCCACUGCUUUGGGAAUUAUUUUCACACGACACGUUCCUCUCAUUAAAUAUCGAGGAGUGGCUGUCAUGGUUGCAAGUUUAUUAAUGACAGGUCUUUUUGCCAUGUUAUUUAACUUGAGAAUGACCAUUGGAAGAAAAACACCUGUCGUCUUUUUACCAACUUUAUUGAGAUUGUGGAGAUUAAUUUGGAUGUCACGUCUCAAUAAGACACGAGUGGAAUUGUUUCGAUUGGAAGCAGCCAUGAUUAAGAAUGGACAAGAAUCACAACAAUCAAGAAAGAGAAGAGCAACAACGUCGGGUGGAGAUUCCGAAUCGAAUCCUCAUUCAAAUGGAGCUGAUUUACAAACGGAUGUAGCCACCACCAAUAACAGUCCAGUUCCUAUGACUGUUCUCACCUCUGUGGCUGAUGAUGAAUAUUCGGUGGACACAGAUUCCGACUCUGAUACCGAUUCCACUUCCGAUGCAGGCUCCGUCAUGAUGGAAAUGGAACAUCAUCAAGAUUUGUCACCACCUGCUCUUUCCUCUUCAUCCGGAAGUUCAACAGAUUUAUUCAAUGUCAACAACAGUGGUAGUGCCACCCCUAAUGGUCAUUCUUCUCCACUUCCACUUUUACCCAAUACUUCCAAUGUGUUCGGAAAUAGCAACAACUCCACUUCCACUUUUACCAAUAAUGGAGAGGGCAAUCAAUUGCCAACAAAUUUGAAACGUCAACUCUCCAAAGCAAGUGCUCUUCAUAAAACUGUCUUGGCAAAUACAGUAGGAACUGUGGCAUUGGAAGAUUUAGGAAAAUAUAUUGCAUUGGAAAAGAAAAUUCUUCGAAUGCAAUACAUUACUUCGUGGUGGUUUUAUUUGAUUGUCGUGAUUGUACUUUCAGCGGCUCAUUUACUCGUUUGGUUGAUUUGUGGACUUGUGGAGACAUUUGUUUUGAGUUCAAAUCCAUCCUCAACAAAAUUCACCUAUUCGAAUGAUUUCUUUAAUUUUUCUCAUGGAUGUGGAGUGGGAAUGGGAUUAUUGAUUGCAGUGGCCUUAGAAGGAUUUCUCUAUGUGAUUGUUAUUGCAAUUUUACUUGUUUUUACAUUAAGAGAGGAUAAUGACACUUGGCGUUUGAGAUGGGAAACUUUAUCAGUGAUUGUUUUUUGGGCCAUUUGGUUGAUUUUGUAUUUGAUUUUUGGUUUCAUUCCAAUUGUUCAAACACUCACUGAUGCUUACUUCCCAUAUGGUGAUAUUUUGUUUUUCGGAGUGGUCACUGACAAUAUUAUUACAGCUGUGAUACCUGUGGUGAGAGCAUUGGUGACACUUGUACCAAAAGAAAAGGAAGAACAAAAUGAAGAACAAUUGACAAGAGAAAAGGCAGCCCUUGUGAAAUUGUUGAAGAAUAAGAAGAUGUUUGAAAUAUUGUUGGCAUUUGCCAAGCAAUCGUUUUGUCCUGAGUCUAUUUUAGCUUGGAAAGAAAUUCAAAUGUAUCGAAGAAAAGGUAAUGCCAAAUCUCGAAGAAAGCUUGCAAAAGCCAUUUACAACAAGUAUAUCAAACCAGACUCUCCUAUGGAAUUGAAUUUGCCUUCCAAGUUCAACAAGGAAGAAAUUGGAAGAAUGAUCGAUGACACCUCUCAACCACUUCCAAAAGAAUUUUUCAGAGCUCUUUCAAAUCACUGUGAACAAGAUAUGAAGGAUGUGUUGGAUCGAUUGAGAAAGAGGGACAAGAGAGUUCAAGAAUUUAUGUUAAAACAUACUGUGGUGGCAACAGACAAGGAUGCUCCACAAGCACCGCAAGCCACUCAACCAACAACAAAUGGAACCUCCUCAGUAUAA